AUGUCAAUUUUCAUUUUACCUGUUCGACUACAUAUUGUAUCAAUACCUAAAAAUAUAUUUCGAUAUUCUACUCAUGCAAUUUUACGUUACAUCAUAUAUCCCGAAAGAGAUCAAACGUUAUUUUCUUUGACAGAAAAUGAUUUGGAAGUAUCAAUAAUUACAUCUGCAGAAUCAAUAGAGCGAGACUUUAUAAGGUUAAAGCAAGAUUAUCCAAGUAUAGAAAUCACAGAGGAUGCAUUUAGAGCCUUGAUAUUAGAAAAUGAAGAAAGUUUAGAUGAUUCUGGAAAAAGGAUCAAUGAUUUAUCUGCACUUCUCAGUCAUGUUAAAAUAUCCAUAUUUUAUCUUUCAACAUAUCAAGAAGAUUUCUUGUUGGUAUGCGAAUUAAGGGAUCAGAUGAGCUUAAUACUAGUAAAGAUUAUAUUUUAUACUGAUUUACUUAAUAAUAAUGCAACGAAAACUUGUGGCGAUGAUGGCAAUGAUCCACCUAAUAGGUUUUUAUCAUAUACAGCUACAUUAGAGGGCAUAUCACUUGUUAUAGAUGAAUCAAUGUUGAAUGAAUUUCCAGAAUACCUCUUAAAUAUGAGCAAUAUCCCAAUUCCUUUGAAAUGUAUCCAAUUGGAUUUAUCCAAAUUUGGUCUUGAUAAAUAUGGGAUAGUUUAUUCCAUAUCUAAUCCUCUCAUAUCAAACAAUAUAAACAUCCUCUACUUGAAAUGCGAUUUAGGACGUUCACUUAAAAUACUUGAUAGUAUUAAUGAGAAUAGUAACAACAAUAGUUAG